AUGGUCGCAAGCAAACUGCAAACCCUGCAGGACAAGCUGAUGGAGAUGGACUCCACCAUAAGGCAGUUGAGUGAAAAGGUUGGCCGCAACCAUAAGAUGCUGCUUACUCAACUCGAACAAAGCAACCAGCUGGUAUUGAAGAAAGAUUUAGAUCUGUUCAUGAUCAAUUCGGGCAUAAAUCUGAACAGUUUCGCGUUUCGAUCGUGCAAGGAGAAUCCCUCGAAGCGAUCGGGCAAGUACAUCCUGCAGCUAACCGAGAACGAUCAACCGUUUCUGGGAUAUUGCGAACAGACGGCCUACGGAGGAGGUUGGCUUGUGUUCCAGUACCGUUACGACGGAUCGGUGGACUUUUACCGCAACUGGACCGAGUAUCGGGACGGGUUCGGCAGCGUGGAUGGAGAGUUUUGGCUCGGGCUGGAGCAUUUGCAUCGGAUGACCUCGACCCGAAAGCACGAGCUGCUGGUGGAGCUGAAAGACUUCGAAGGAAACUACAAGUACGCACGGUACGAUGAGUUCGAGAUCGACAGUGAGGUGAAGCUGUAUGCGCUAAUGAAUCUGGGAUCUUACAAGGGAUCGGUAGAUGACUCAUUGACACGCCACAAGGGCAUGAAUUUUACGACCAAGGAUCGGGACAACGAUACCUGGAAUGGUGGAAACUGUGCCCAAUACUAUCAUGGUGGCUGGUGGUACUGGUCGAAUCGAAAGUCAAACCUGAAUGGCAUGUAUAGAAAUAGUUAUGAUGAGAAAAAUAUGGUUUGGGACCACUUCAAAGAUAUUAACAAGGGUUUGGCAUACUCACGUAUGAUGAUUCGUGAAACGUAACGGUGAAUGUACUGGGGGAUUUAUUUAUGAACGGUAAAUUAACCAUUUGAAGUUUAAAAAAUUCAGUUAAAAAAAUGGUCAUCAUUG